AUGUACGAAACUGGGCAAUUCGAUACUGUCUAUCAUGAACAUAUAUCUUUUUUUACAGCACAUUCAUUUAGAAAAAUUGCUGAUAUAGCAGGAUUAAAGAUUGUCAAUUUUGAAAUCAUACCCAUUCAUGGACGUUCAUGUUUGGUAACAUUUCAGCGAACGGAAAUAUCCAGUACUUCCUUGAACACUGUCUUUCAAAAAAAAGAUGCUCCGUCGCUUUCGUUAGCAAUCCAAAAAGAGCGUAAUCUGGGAGUUACAGAAACUUGGUUUUAUGUGAAAUAUCAGGCGCAGGCCGAAGCUAUGCGCCGAUGGCUUCUACACCAACUAACAACUGUUCACAGCCAAGGUCACACUAUUGUAGCCUACGGGGCUGCCGCUAAAGGUAUGGUACUUUUGCAUUUCUUACUAGGAUCUCCCAAUCGAUCAUGGAAUAUAUCUUAUGUGAUUGAUGAUGCGCCUUUGAAACAAAACACUUAUUGUCCUGGAACAUCUAUACCGGUAUUUCCUACUACCCACUUGAGUAAACAUAAUUCAAGCAAACCGCUGACAAUAAUUGUGUUUGCAUGGAAUUUUUGGGACGAAAUUUCUAAAAAAAUUCGCAAAGAAACAGUCGACAAUGGCAUUAAAACUGUUUUUAUUAUACUUCCAUUUCCUCAUCAACAACUUGUUAAGCUCGAGCCAAACACGAACGUGAUACUUACGCAAAAUACACACAGAUCAUUACCUUGGCCAUCUCUAAUUUUUUCUGUACGAAGGCCAGUACUGUUAAUUUCCCACUUUUUCAACGAAGAAAUCUUGUUACCUUUUUGGAUUCGUCAUCAUGCACCUAUGUUUGACAUGGCCAUCCUAAUUGAUUACAAUAGUACUGAUAGAUCAUUAGAAAUUAUUCGCAGAGAAGCGCCAUACACGUGGAAAAUUGUGCCGUCGCAUAAUGCACAAUUCGCGGCUGACCGUGUCGAUGUUGAAGUUCAAGAAUAUGAAAAAAUGUACCCGGCAGCAUGGAAGAUCGCUCUGAAUACUCCAGAAUUUCUUGUUCAUUCAGAUCUUCGACAAGCGCUUGCUGGCAUAGAACGCUCUAGUUCUAUCAUGGCAUUGCGCUUUCAUUCUAUACUAAUGUCCGGAAAUGAUUCUAUACCGUUGCAACGAUUUACGUCUUUAUUGAAGCAGCGAUCUCAGUAUCUUUGUAAAACAAGCAAAUCCGAUACUUUGUUCACCUCUCGCUACAUACAUCGUUAUUCGUCUGCUCAAUAUACUGUUGGACGGCACUCAAUAAGUGGUAGCGUCUGGGAAUGGUCUCCUGUUGGCUUUAUUGCCAAAUUUCAGUAUACGCCGUGGCCUGAAAUUAUCAAUCGCAAACUUCAAAUUCGUGCGCGGAUUCCGGCUAGUGAUUUUUCUCGUGGUUGGGGUUUCCACCACAAUAUUAACGUCACCCAACUAUCGGAAAAGAAAACCAGUAUUGAACGACUGGUACAGUGCGAUCUUCGACAUUAUGAUGCGAUAAAUGACGAACUAAUGAUGAUUCAUCGCCUGUGGAAAGAAGUAGUAGAUCACUAA